CAACGAAGAAAUAGAUGUCAUUCCAUUCUCUCACCUGACAAAUCACAUCCAGAGUCUCAUUUUGGCUUUGCCAAUAGUGCAACAGUGUGGACGGUGGUUUCCUAGUAAUUUUGACUCGCUUUUGUUCGGACGGACUGAGCUGACGCGAACAUAUAAGGUGGCGUCAGCCAAGAUAAAUGCUGUGACAGCAGCAACAGUUGGAUAUAACAAAGAGCUGAGUGAGAUUGGAGGACUCAGGAGAGAGAAAGGUUGUUGUUGUCCAGGAGGUCGCCGCUGGUUUCCCUCAUCAUGCCGGGGCACAGGAGGCAGCCCAGUAUCGAAUUACUGGAAUUCAUAGGAGUGGUGAAAGAGAAUGGCAACGAACCUCCUCCUGUGUUCACUCCACUGUCAUACGACUAUGUCCUGGUCGCCAAAUUGAUGAAUGAGGGGGAGAGACACGCCAGGAAACAAAGGGAAUACAUAGAGCAGCUGCAGAAUAAGAACUUCAAAGUGACAAAAAUUAUCAAUGAUAAUCUCGUCUUCUAUGGGAUCCAGGCGCCAAAAGAAAUAUUUCAGAAAUACAGAUAUCUGCUCAAAAUAUCCGAUGCCUGCAGUGGGAGCUCAACAGACAGCAAUAUCUCUCUUAGCACAAGGAUAAGGAUCGUCCACUUCAUAAUAAAUCACACACAAAUCAGCACUAAAGAGAACUUGCGGGAUCUCAUGAAGGCUAAGGUUUUUGAGACGAGGUUCUGUUUACAUGAGAAAAGGAAACAGAAAGAGCUGAAGGAGGAAUGGGCACGAUGGACGGCCUGUUUCAAAGGGCAACCCGUAACUAAAGUCAGGGACUACUUUGGAGAGAAGGUGGCCUUGUACUUCCUGUGGUUGGGAUGGUACACGUUUCUCCUCAUCCUGCCGGCCGUUAUUGGCAUUUUAGUCUUUCUCUAUGGCCUCAGCUACUUCAACUCUUCACCCCUUGUACAAGAGGUUUGUGAGUCUAACACAGUCAUGUGUCCACUUUGUGACAAUGGUUGCAAAGUGUGGAAGCUUUCAGACACAUGCUCAUAUGCCAAGCUGAGCCUGCUGUUCGACAAUAACGGCACGGUGUUCUUCGCCAUGUUCAUGGCAAUAUGGACAACACUGUUUAUGGAGUUCUGGAAGAGACAUCUGGCCAGUUAUGUGUGCGAAUGGAGAGUGACUGACUGGUCUGAAUCAGAGGAGGAACUGAUCCUGGAACUCGUGAACAAUGCCGACUGUCGCCCGAAGAUGUACAAGCAUUCUUACUUGCGCACCGCUCUGGUUUUGAUCUGUGUCAUAGUUAUGAUGCUGGUGAUUAUUGGCUUGACACAUUUCUUGGUGGUAUUCAGGGUGCUUGUAGCAGGGCUUCUGGCUAAAGAUUUCAAAAGCAACCUCGGCUCUAUGUUGGCAGGCGCUGUGCUCCAUUUCAUCAUCAUCACCGUUAUGACUAAGGUUAACAGGAUUGUUGCUUUGAAGCUCUGUAAGAUAGAAGAGACAAGGACAUUUGCUGACACGGAGAAAAGUUUCACAGUCAAGAUGUUCACCUUCCAGUUCUUCACCUACUUCUGUUCCCUCUUCUAUGUGGCAUUUUUUCUUGGCAGGAUUAAUGGCCAUCCAGGUGAAUAUGUACGGCUUGCAGGGCAAUGGAGACUGGAAGAAUGUCACCCGAGUGGAUGUCUCACAGACUUGUUCAUUCAAAUGGCAAUUAUAAUGGUGCUGAAGCAAAUCAUCAGUAAUAUGUUUGAGUACUUUGGUCCCUUGUUCAAGAAGUUCUUGGAGAAGAGGAAAAGGCAACAUAAGCUGCAGAGGAAAUGCGCCACCUGCUACCUGAAAGAUGACUAUCCGCUCAAAGAGGGACAAGAGUUGUGCGAAAACUGCAAACUCAGGGACUGGCACACGAACUAUGAACUCACCGAUGUGGACUCUUUCAGCCUCUUCAAUGAGUUCUUAGAGAUGGUGAUCCAGUUUAGCUUUACCACCAUAUUUGUGGCAGCAUUUCCACUUGCUCCUCUGUUUGCUCUCCUCAAUAACGUGAUUGAGAUUCGCUUGGACGCCAUUAAGAUGGUCACACUGGAGCGCAGAAUGGUCCCCAAGAAGACCAAUACUAUUGGCGUCUGGAUAGACAUACUGGAGGCUAUCGGUGUUUUAGCUGUCAUUGUAAAUGGGCUGGUAAUUGGGGUUUCAUCUGAUUUUAUCCCUCGACUUGUGUAUCGUUACGUCUAUGGCCCAUGUGUCAACGGCACAGCAGGGGUGAAAGACUGCAUGUCUGGUUACAUCAACAACACCCUCUCCGUUGCAUCAAUGGCUGAUAGCAGAGUAAAGUUUGACCUAGACCAAAUGGUCACAGAUGGAAUCCUUGCUACUUCAUGCAGCUACAAAGAUUACAGAGACACUGACUUUAAUAUUACCCAUCAGUUUUGGCUGAUUUUAGCUGUGCGCUUUGCUUUUGUUAUCCUCUUUGAGCAUGUUCUUGUCAUAUGUAAGUUCAUUGCAUCGUGGUUCAUUCCGCCUUCGCCGAUGAAUGUGAAAAAUGACGGCCUCAUGGACAAAUUCAGAAGACUUCAAGAGGACCUAAAGUAUUUCAAGCCUGACUCUGUUUGCACGCCUUGAUGGGACAAUAUUUUACUGUGAAAACACAACCCCAGUGUGGCCUUGUGCAUCUAUGUGUCAAACUGGAACAGUUUGAAACAUUUUAUAAGUAUCCUGGAGAGAUCCAUAGUGAAUUGAAUUGACACUGUAAGUGCUACCUGGAUUGCACACAUCGUUUUUAUCCAUGUCCUGAAAAGACGGCUUUCUUAUUGUUGGGUCCAUAUCGAUAAGGUCAGAAAUUUGUACAUGAUAUUUGCAUGGUUCUCAUACUAAUUUUGGAGUUUUGAUUAUUUGACAUAUCUGUUUUGAAUGAUGAUAACAUACAAUUUCAGGGACAGUUAAAACCAAGGAUCGACACUGGGUUAAUAUAUAGAUAUUCGCUUGGAAUUUUAAUGUGUCUCAUCUUUGCAGUUGUAUGUUGUGUAAUCAUUUCAUAUUUUAUUUUAUUAAAUAAAAAGCAUGUUUAUUUUUUAAAUCACUAAAAGUACCAAAAUGCUAACAAUUAUGCCCACGUUGAAUGGCUGUAAACCCCUGAACAGAAGUGUGUGUAUACUGUAACUGAUGUCACUGACCUUGCCUUUUAUAACAUUGUUGGUAUUAUAUACUAGGUUUUGGCUGAGAGCUUAGUGUUGGAUCUGUAAUUUUGAGCCAUACAGUAUAUGAGUGUUCUACUGAAAGUACUAAACUGCACAUAGACUGCUGAUUGUGUUAUCAUGAUGCCUUAAGC